AUGGCUAAAUUUGUUUCCAUCAUCACCCUCCUCUUCGCUGCUCUUGUUUUAUUCGCUGCUUUUGAAGCACCGACGAUUGUGGAAGGACAACAACCAAAGUUCUGCAAGAAGCAGAGUAAGACAUGGUCAGGUUUAUGUAUAAAGAGUGGUUCAUGCAAGAACCAGUGCAUCCGCAACGAGAAGGCAGCUCAUGGUUCUUGCAAUUAUAUCUUUCCAAUUCACAAGUGUAUCUGCUACUACCCAUGUUAAUCUACCAAAAUCUUGGGUAUGAUGCUAUUGCGUUUAUUUACUCCGUCUGUUCCAUUUUAUGUGAUGUUUUAGGUUAUUGCACAUAGAUUAAGAAAAUACAUAUUUUUAUGUAGUUUA